AUGGCUAGAAAUGGCCAAGUUGCUUACACUAUUGUUGAAAAAGUAUACUGUGGGAGUAUUCAAGCUUGUUGUACGAAAACAAUACCGUUUCUGAUCCGGGCAAGCGCAAAGCGCCCAAGGCAGAAUAGCAGACAUGGCAAGUCUUUACGACUCAAUGCUGACGCUGCUUUUAUUCACGAGUCAGAGGCCAUCAGGGUUUCGUUUUUGGUGAAAAUUGGGGUUGGGCUUGUUGCAUGGCUGAGAGCCACUUGGGUUGCAGUGAUUCUGCCUAUUAUCUCAGCUUCAGUACCCAGUUCCAAGCUGAGUUCAUUUCAUGAACUUAUUUUGGGGUUUGCACAAAGAGGGAAGAUCAGGCAACCAUCUUCCUGCAAAUCCAAAAAUGUUCCUCGGAGAUUCUUCUCCCAUUUCUACGUGGUGGCUUCCAUCUGGACGACCCUUUUGCUGCUCACAGCAUGGCUAUAUGCAUACGCAAUGGCUCCAAUGAAUUCUGGCCCAUCUCAUUUUUCACAUCUUGCUAGCCACAGCCACUUAACAGGGGGUUCACAUAUCUUUUCUUUGCAUGAAUCUCAUUCGACACUAGUUGAGCAAUACAGGGUCUGGCGAAUCGUUUUCGUACUUAUGUUAAUGGAAGCUCAAAUCUCAAACCAUUCUUCCAUGUUUAUUUACCGCAUAGCAGCACCACUGUCACUCUGCUGCAAUUGUACGCCGGUGGUGUUUAGAUUUACAAUGACCCUGGUGUCCAAAUUCAUCAUUGAAGCGAAGAAUCAGAUGACAGCCAUUGAAAUAGAUUGGACGGCGACAGUGGAUUGGUGGUGCUCUAUUUCAAUGACUUUGUCAUGCAAUCCUAGGUUCACUGUGGGGCGUGGGCACAUGCUGAACAAGUCGAUGACUGUAAUUCCUACCGCAGAUUGGUUGGAAACUGUUUCAUCUCCACACUAUUUGGCUGAGAUUGUAAGAUCUCUCUUUCUCCAUCUAUCCCGUCUACUUACUGCAGGUGGCAAAUCUGGGAUUUGCAGCAGCUGAAACGCAUGAGUGAUUUCUUCACAACUUUGAAAAUUGGUUAAAUUACCCAAAAAAUCGAUGUGCUAUUAUCCCAUUCAUCUUUUAAGGUUUAGAAGCACUAAUUAUAUAAUGCAUUGUACACUUGACUGUAAUUUCCUUAAGGUGUUUGAGUACCUAAAGUAAUUG